AUCGCAGUUUCUUUAUGCCAAAAAGGGAGACAAGAUCACAUGAAGAUAGCAGAGGUAGCGAGGAACAAGUGCCGACUCCGAGGACCAUGAGAGAGUCAAACGGCGAGGCGGUCGCCGGCUGCAGCGGCGUCGGUCGUGACCCCACCACCCCUCCACGGAUUACAACAAGGAAAGCACGCACCGACGUCUCUUCUACGCUUUCCCUCAAAUUCCGAGGAGGACAACGCACAAACACCUUUCGCGCUUUCAAGCAAGCCCACCUCACUCACUCCUUGUUUUAUAAAAACUCACAGCCUUUCUGCUACGCAUGCUCUAUCCACAUUUACUCUGCUCCAGACACAGCGGUAGUUGCACUCAAUUCUGACUUAACGGUGUCCUAUCGAUCUCCCGAGGCAAUUUAGAGAGAGGUGGAAGCUAGGGACAAGCGGUGGAGACGAUGAACGGGAUCGAGUUGCAUCACGGCGCUCUCAAGCGGCCGUGGGUCGACGAGAAAGGGAGCAGUGCCCUGUACCCCUCCUACCGCCCUUGCCCUGCGCCUCCACCAUUGCCGCCGCUGCAGCCGAGACCUACGUCCACGUUCAAGCUGUUGAAUCUUUCCGUGGUGGACGACUGCACGGUGGCGUCGGUGGUCCCUCCGGUAACUGUCGUCUUCGAGGGGCGCGCCAUCUGCCAUCGUGUCUGCCUCGACGAGCUCACGAGCUACGAGAGCUUGGCCAAGGCCCUGCGCCGCAUGUUCGUGGACGCGGAAGAGGGUGGGGAGGAGAGGCAGACGGAUCUCGCCCUGGCUAAUGCGGUGCCGGGUUACGUGGUGGCCUAUGAAGACAUGGAGGAUGACUUGCUCCUCGCCGGCGAUUUAAAUUGGAAGGAUUUUGUUCGUGUGGCUAAGCGGAUUAGGAUAGUUCCAUCGAAGGUUAGCCGUCGGAGGAAAAAUGAGCUGGUUUUAGUUUGAGAAACAUAGUGACUACUAUUAAUCGAGAGAUUAUCUAAA